CUCUUAUCGUAAAUUUAUUUGACCCCCGCCAAAUUGUUUUCAAAUGACGGGAGUCUCGAUGUUGUCAAUUGACUUCGAUUUGUAUAUUUGAAAUAUUGUACCAUAAUCGGAGAAAUGUUACAUGAACUUUUAUUCGCCUUAUCCGGUUACCCUGGAAACAUAUUUGUCGAUAAUGGUGAUAAAAUACAGGUUCAAAAAGGACUUCCCUUUUUACAUUCUGCUGAGGAAAAAGCUCUGAAUCGUCUCUGUCAGUUGGCCACCCAUUUUAAGAUGUUUAAAGGAUUCAUAAACAAAUACUCUUUCUGCAAUUUUCAUCCAGAUAGUGCUGGUUCAACAACUGGUGAAAUGCAUGGUAUCUACCUGAUGUUUUUAUGUAGUGGAUUAAAUACUUUGCUAGAGGACUACCAGAAUGACAUUUUGGAACUUGAGAAAUCUGCCUUAGCUGAUCCACACCUUCCUGUCAGUGAAGUCCUUCUCAAACUUCAACAUUAUGAACUGCUGUUUCCUGCAUUGUCCUCUUUCUUGACAGAACUUAAACAACAUGAGGCUCAUGGUUGUUAUAUCUUGGACAGAAUUCAUAAAGCUUCCAUCUCUGGUAUACCAGUUGUGAAGCAGACUUUUGAAAGUUUACUUUCAACCUGUCAUGGACCAUUGUUUAAACAUCUUUGUGCUUGGAUGUUGUAUGGCAAACUAAUGGAUCCAUAUAAGGAAUUCUUCAUCCAGGAGAGCCAUGAAGCCAAUGCUAGAAGUUGUGAACAGGAAGAAAAUAAUCAAGAUGCCAAGAAACAGGUAGUUUAUGUUAUCCGUGCUGACCUCCUACCAUCGUAUAUUGGAUACCAAGUGGCCAAAAAAAUUCUGUUUGUUGGAGAGUCCAUUAAAAUGUUUGAUACUCAAAAGUUAACACCAGAAAUUAAGAAACUAGAAAACUCUUUGAGAAAAGGACAAGAAAAUUUUUCUAAAGACCUCUUCAGACUGUCACAGGAAAAGAAUUUUAAUCAAAUCAACUUCAGAGAAACUGUCAAUGCCGUCCGAGGAUUUGUUGCUGAACAACUCUGGUUGUUAGUUGUCGAAGACUCUGAUAUAUUUGGACAGUUGAAACUCUUAAAGGACAUCUUUUUAUUUGGUCGAGGUGACCUUUACCAGUCCUUUAUAGACACAGCUCAUUCAUUACUCAUCUCAAUUCCUCAGUACAACACUGAGCAUGAAUUGAACACCGUAUUUCGAUCUGUUAUCCGUAAUACACUCUGGGAAAAUGACAGUUAUUUGCACAAUUUCCAGCUCACUUGUAAAACUGGUACUGGCGGUAUGUAUAAAAUCAUUGUUUUAGAAAUUGUUUUAUCAACUGGGUUACUGAUGAGAAAAUGCUUUUUAAAAUUCCAAUUAUUUCUUUCAAUUUCUCUCAAUUACAGAUACGAAUGUGUAUUUAAAUUUCUAAUGAAAGUGCAUUAUGUCCAAAUGGAAUUGCAACAUUGCUGGCUCCUACAGGUAAAAAGCAAAUCAUUAGGGUUAGGACGACAAAAUGAAGCCAAGUGGCAACUGAGAACUCACCUGGCAUUUCUGAUUGACAACCUUCAGUAUUAUUUACAGGUGGAUGUCAUUGAAUCUUUACAUAAAAUAUUGGUUGACAAGAUCCUUUCAGUGCGUGAUUUCGAGGCUGUUAAGCUCACACAUGAGAAAUUUCUCACUGACCUUCUUGACCUGAGCCUCUUCAGAAAACUGACAAAUCACCUGUUAGAUGAUCUGUUAUCGGCGUGUCUGUCAUUUUGUGAUCUCAUCAAGAACAGUUACCCAGCUGAACUGACUGACAUUCAACAACAGCGUCUGUCUUCCAUUCGAAAGGAUGUUCGUAAUCACACUGGGAUGUUAUUUAGUAUGCUGAACAAAUCCCAAGCUUACUCCAGUCUACAAACAAUCGACCAGUUUAUGUUAAGGAUUGACUACAACAGAUUUGUCUCCAAACAUUCAAAAGGCUACUUAGGAGGCACAGGAGAUGGAUUCAUCCAUUAGCCAAACACUGCUGGCUACAACAACAGCAACAACAAAUGACAAUGUUUGCAAAAUGCAUGAUGUCUUAUAGAUAUAAAGAUGGCAAAAUGAGAAUUCCUGUCCUUCAUGCCAGUUAGCAAUGUAAAUGUUGUGUAUGCAGAUCCAGGUGAAAUCGAAACCAGAUGAAGCCUUUGAAUUUGCCUUGAACCUGCUGUGCCUUACCAUGAUAUCUGCCUUAACUCUUUAGCAUUUAAAUUGGCCAUAUCUGGCCAAAAUAAUCUACCUGUUUUAUUUUCAAACUGGCCAGAUUCAGCCUCUCUCACUUACCCUACAAUUAUUAUUCUAGAAAUAAACAAUCACAUCAUUGAAAUCUCAAAACUAUAAAGUAAUGCAUGAUUAAUUCAAAUCUAUUUGAAUAAAAAAGAAUUACAUUUGACAGAGAAUUCUGAAUACUAAAGGGUUAAGCACAAUGAAAAUUGUAAAAUUUCAAAUAAUGCCAUGUGUUGGUGCUCUCUGGUCACUGCAACCUGUGAUGAUAAGAUGAUGGCCUGUGGGUGUGGUAGCUGUACAGCUUGUGAUAAUCUGUUGGUGAUCUGUGAAUGCCAAAGGCCCUAACCUGUGUUUAUUGGGACUCACUCCCUAGCAAGUUCAAGUUCAUUAUUAAAUUGUUCGAGAUGUUUAUUGUUUAUAAGGAUAAAUAAAAUAAUGUUUUUUUAAUUUA